AUGACUUUCGAUAUUUCGACAACCCUCUCUGCGUUGAUCGACGGCUCAUCGUUUCCCGCCGAAGCGGCCAGCCAAAUUUGCGCUGCACCCUCCAUCACUUCGACCAGGCUUCCAACAGAUGGAAAAGACACGGUAGAGGUCGAAGGCUUCUUCUGGGGUCUCUGGGGUGCCAUCAUCGAUGCGGCAGAGAAAAAUUCAGACGCUCAAGGGCAACUUGUGAAGCUCGUUGUCGAGCUCUCUAAGAGAGGAUCGGCCCAGCCGACGUGGAGGAUAUGGGGGCAAGAACAGGCGUGGAAAGACCUUCCGCUGAUAGGAGCCGCGGCUCGCGAACAAUUCAACGGUUUCGAUCCAUCGGAUUCAGAAGAAGUGGAGCGCUGGGUGCUGAGAAACGCAUUCCUCGCUAGACUAACGGAAGCUAAAGGGUUGUUCAUGUUGUACGCCAUCUGGUCGCUUCGUGAUGCUUUGGAAGAGGAAGCUUCCACCAGCGUGGCCAUGAACUCAGGCAACGUUCGUGCAGCGGCGCAGUGGAUAAAAUACGCUGGGCAGAAGAUAUACACCUCGACCGAGGAGUUUCCCUCGGGGCCGCAAAUUGGGGCGCCAGCUAGAGGAGGGCCAAAGUGGAAGGGAAAGCACGGGUUUGAUCCAGAGCGAUGGGCUCUUUGGAAGCGCGAAUUCAGUAAGUUGAGCACGGAUAAAAACAUCGAUGAACUUGCACGAAAAGACGCGUUGGAAGCCGCCGAGAGGAUGUCGCAGAUCGAGGGGAAAGCGUAA